AAUAUACAUUUAAUAUAUGAACAGAAUGAAAAUGGCAGAUUUCACUACUUUAUACGUCAAAUUGAAGUAGUGUUUUAGCAUAAUGACAAAUAAAUGAUUAGAUUAAUCUUUAAUUGCUCAAGGAUAAUUUAGUCUUUAACAUUGGUUUCAAAAGACGAUAAGGCAAAGUAUUUAUCAAACCAAGAUUUUAAUUAUUGAUUGACUAGCCGUAACAAUAAGCUUGUGACAAUCAUUCAUUGCUACAAUUGUUUAUCAAUCUGAAGAAACAUGAAUACAGACGAUAGUUUGAUUGACGUGCAAUGUGUCACUGGGGAAAUAUUCAAAUUGUCCAGCAAUAGUUUGAAGAGACACAGUAUAUAUCUAUUCAACAGAAUAGAAUGUUUUCCUCAUUUACAAAAUUGCACCAUUAGACUAAAGUUGUCUUAUCUAACCACAGCAAGAAUUGUAGAGUUUAUGACCAAUGGUGAUCCUUUUCUGACAUCUAUUGAUAACGCAAUGGAGGUUUAUGUAGUGAGCAAAGAGUUCGAAAUUCCAGAACUGUUUAAGCAAUGUCGUAACUUUCUCGUAACACUAAUGACAGAUACGAACGUCUGUCGGAUACACGAUUUUGCAUGCGAACAGAGUGACACGAUAUUACAAUAUUAUUGUUGGAAAAUGUUCGAUUCCCACUGGGAAACAAUCUUAAAUGGCGAAGACUUUCUUCAUUGCAAAGAUCAAACUAUCGAAAGAUUCGUAUCUCGUCCGAUAUAUCCUGAAAAUUUAACAGAAUUUGUUCUGUUUUCCGCAAUAUACAAUUGGGCGAAAUUAAGAGUUAGAGACAAAGAAGAAUCUAACGAAAAUCUCGAUGACUUUACCAUAGGAGAAACAUGUCGUGCUAUCUUAAACCCGUACCUUUCUCGUAUUAGAUUUUUGGUUAUGGACUAUGAUAAUCUGGAAUACAUUUUUCAGCAACUUCACGUACUUAAACCAAAUGAAUUCAAUGCAAUACGUGAUUAUCCGAUUAAUGAGGAUUUAUCAAAUUUUCCAACAAUUAGUGAGAAGACUGCAAACAGAUUACAAGAAUCGUAUACUGACGAAAAUUUUAAUAACCCACUCUUUAUAUAUAAAAAUCGCAGAAAUUUAGGAUCUACACGUAUCGGACAAUUACUGAUGCGCAAGUUCUUCGCUUGCCACGUAGUAGUUACGGAAGAUUGCUUUAUUGAAAGUUUGCAGUUACCCAUCACGCAUUGUAAUGUAGAAGGAAUUUUGGUGAACAUUCAAGGCAUCGUAGGAAUUAAUUCCACUUUAGUCAACCUGGAAUCUUUGACGUGCCGUACUGAUGGACUGAUCAUUUUACAAGAACCGAUAUUUUUGGAAAGGAAUUCUAACGCUUAUCUGGAAGCUUCUAUUCCGAUAGAGGAACUGACAAUAGAAAAUUCAGUUCUAUCAUCGUGCAAUGCGGAUAGUUAUAUUAAUGAUCUGUAUUUGUCGGAAUUGUCGCUGUUUGGAAAAGGACGUAACACAGAAGAUUGGGAUAUCUUUUAUUUCGAUGUAAAUUUAUAUUUUUAGAUAUCAAAAACCGUUUAAUUUUA